ACGACCAACAGUCGCGACACAGCCCUGUGCAAUUGUUUUCAUUGUCUAGUACUUUUUUUUAUACAUUUCAUACAUUUCACUUUAAUUAAUUGCACACAUCACAUACAUACAGUACACAUCAGUUGAAUUCAUCGUGCAGCUACAACCUAAUUGACCAACUGUGGGUCUGCAAAAGAUCUGAACAGGGCGGCGCAGCAACAACCAAGAGGGUGGAGAAAACCAAACAGUAUUAGCCACAAGCAGAUCAAUGAGUAACUAUAGAUACCAGAAUGAAGGGGGUGGCGGAGUGCGUGGCUACAGCGGCAUUGAGGUGCGCGACAUGCAUCCACGGAUGAUGCAUCCGCACCACUUCACAUUUGUCAGCACCUGCGUGAAGUACAUGAUUUUCAUGCUAAACUUCAUAUUCUGGCUUUUCGGUGGCCUGCUUCUGGGCAUCGGCAUCUACGCCUUCAAGGAUAAGUGGGAAGAGGCCAAUGGCGGGGUCAGGCUGGAGACCAUCUACGAUGUAAUACUCAACAUUUCGCUGGUGAUGAUCAUCACGGGAAUUGUUAUAUUUGUGGUAAGCUUUGCUGGGUGCCUUGGAGCGUUGCGCGAAAACACCUGCUUGCUGAAGUUUUACUCCAUGUGCCUGCUCCUCUUCUUUCUCAUGGAAAUGGCCAUUGCCAUCGUUUGCUUCGUCUUUCCCCAACUGAUGAACACAUUCCUGGAGAAGGAGUUCACCGAAACCAUUAUACACUCGUAUCGCGAUGAUCCCGAUCUGCAGAAUUUUGUGGACUUUGCCCAGCAGGAAUUCAAGUGUUGCGGUCUCAGCAAUGCCGGCUACCAGGAUUGGAGUAAGAACGAGUACUUCAACUGCUCCUCGCCGUCCGUGGAAAGGUGCGGAGUCCCCUAUAGUUGCUGCAUUAAUGCCACCGACAUCAGUUCGGGUCUAGUCAACAUUAUGUGCGGUUAUGGGGUGCAGGAGCACACUGUGGUAGCCGCCAGCAAGCGCAUCUGGACCAGCGGAUGCAUCGAAAUCGUGCGCGUCUGGGCCGAACGCAAUCUGUAUGUAAUUGCUGGCAUUGCGCUGGGCAUUGCACUCAUCCAGCUGCUUGUCAUCUAUCUGGCCAAGACACUGGAGGGUCAAAUCGAGCUGCAGAAGUCGCGAUGGGCGGCGUGAGAUCCGUAUCAGCCCGAUUUCUUCGGGUACUACGAGAACACUUGAACUUGAGUGUUCGACGCUGCCUGGCCGUUGGGACGUGCAAUACCAUUUGUUAGCAAAAUUUCGAGUCUCCCAUUUAUGAAUCUGGUGCAUAUUCUUAGCCCCCGAACAUGUACAUAUAUAUGUAUACGAACAAAACCCAUACUCCUCUACACUCUGACCAAACAACGCCAUAUUAUGUCUGGUCUGUCAUUUUAUUGCAGAUCCGCAAUCUCUGAUGUACGUAUAGCAUUGUAGAAUCCGUAAUGUGUUCAAAUCCCGUACAGAACACUCAUAACAUAUAUACUCGAGUGUGAAAGCACAAGAUUUGGCACAUCUGUCCAAUGAAUCCUUUACAUCCUUCACGUCAUGGGGAUGUGAGGGGAGACUGCGGACGAGAGGCAUUUAUUUAACAGCGAUCCAAUUGCAUUUCUAGUGGAAAACAGUAUCCAAUGCUUUAGGCAGCUAACAACAAAGCACACCAUCCGUUUAUACAAUAUUAUUAUAACCAUUUAUACACAACUGUACCACAUACAUAUAACAUAUAAUUCAUAGAAGAGUAGUUUUAUUACAAUAAAAAUCAAAAGAAAAAAGCAAUUACGAGAA